AUGAACCGGCUCUGGAACAUCAGGCGUUUGGAGCCACUCCAGGGACCCCUGAAGUGGGUCCCCACCCUGGGCGAGCUGCAGAAGACCCUCCAGAAGGGCGAGUACUUGCCCCUCCGCCCGCUGCCCAUGUUCGAGAGCAACUUUGUCCAGGUGACCAGUCGAGGGGCCCCAGUGUACGUGCACCACAGAACCAACCGAGUGACCAUGGGCGUGGCCGCCUCCCUGCCAGGCCUGGUGUUGCCAGACAUCCUGCUGAUGGCCCAGCCCCCUGAGGACAGGGGGUGCUCCAGCCUCAUCCUCACCAGGAUGAUCCCGCUGGACCUGGCCCACCUCUAUGUCCACGACCUGUCUGCCUGGCGCCUGAAGCUGCGUCUGGUCACGGGUCGCUACUAUUACCUGGAGCUGGACGCCCCUGACAAUGAGGUCAGCUUCCUGUUUGACCGCUGGAUCCGCCUCAUCAAUCUGCUCCAGCAGCCCGCCACCUCCCGGGCCCCCAGGACCCUACACACGGCCCCCACGGACCUGGGCCACGUGGCACCUCCUGCCUCCACCUGGCGCCUCCAGCGUCCCCCUGUCUUUCCAGUCAUGAUUGUCGAGCCCACCUUUCCUUACAAGAUUGUGACAGCUCAGAGACAGAGGAAGGCCAAGACCCUCAAGCGCAGCAAAUUCAAGUCUCAGGCCAUGGCUGACUCGGUGCCUCUAGUCUGGUGGCAGCUGGAGCAAGCUGACACGAGAAAGAAAUCUACAGAAAAGAAGUCCCAACCGGACUUGUCCCCUGAGAGACCUCAAACCGAAUUCCAAGUUUCCGAGAAGCCCAGCAUCACCAUUCGGACCAUCUUCAGCAUCAUUUCCAAUACACCUGACCACAUGGCAUCCUCUUCCAAGGGUCGCUCUGAUUCUGAGGGGGCCACGUGCCUGGCAGGUUUACUUGAGACCCCUUCACUCUGUAUCUCGGAGGACAGCCCUGAAAUGCCCUUGCUGGGCUCCUGUGAUCACUUGCAUAUGUCCCCGCGGCAACAGGUCGUGGACGACCCGGUGGACGCGGAGGCCAGCACCUUGUCCACGUCCUCGCUCUGCCCAGCCGCCUACCCUCCUGACUUCCGCAGGUGCAACGAACAGGUCAGGCCUCUGGACUCCGUGCAGAGACUGUGGCCGCCGCCCUCCCAGAAGCCCCCAGCCAUCCCUGCUGCCUCUUGUAAGGCUCCAUUCAUCCUUGACCAGUCCCAGAAGCUCUUGGCUGUACCUGCUCCGUCCCGGAAAGCGCCAGCUUUUCCUGCUGUUCCCCAGGAGGCCCCAGCCACGCCUGGCCCAUCUCGGAAGACCCCACACGUACUGGCUACUCCCCACAAGAGCCCAGCCGUGCCUGCCCCAUCUCAGAAGGCCCCACAUGCACUUGCCGUUCCCCCGAAGGCUGUGUCCCCCCCUGCUCCAAACAGGAAAUCUGUGUUCCUACCUACCCUGUCCCAGAAGGCUCUGACCUUACCUGCCCAGUACCAAAUGACAUUGGACCCUGCCACCACUGGCGUGUUGCCUGCGGGAAGUCACGGAGAAGAUGUGCUUGAGGAAAGCAAGCCUGAAGGGAAGCCAGAGCCCGUGGUGUUGAUGGGCACCCAGGAGACAAACAUAGUAGAGGUGAGGACUCAGAAAACAUCCCUGGAGCUGCCUUUCACCGCCACCGAGGAGGAGUCGGAGGAAGUCCUGGUCAGCAGAGCCCAGGAUAUCAGCGUGCAUGGCUUGAAGGGCAAGGGCAAGUUGGAGGACAAAGUCCGCAGGAUGAAGGAGGAGAUCUCUCUGGACAUGCCGGGCUUCAAAUCCAAGGAGGUGGGGCAACAGAAGAAGUGGGUCCAGACCCAGGAGCUGGACGUCGAGGAAGACUUGCAGGGGCAGACCAGGCCCUUCUCAGCGGAAGGGCUCACCCUCGCCAAGCGGAUGAGCAUUGCCAGCUCCAAGGAUCCCUCCUGGAGAUCAUCUCUGGUCAAUCUGCCCUCCUGGCUCUCAACCCAGCAGGGGUCUGCCAAGCCAACCAUGGACGCGGUACCCCUCAGCACCACCAAGGUGUCCUUGCUGGAGGAGACGCCGGUGGUGGUCAGGGAGCAGCCACAGUUGGGGGCCCGGGCGAAGGGGAACACGCAUCCAUGGGCGGAGGUGGAGGAGGUGCCCCGGGACCCAAAGGGGCCCUCCAAAGCGUCGCCCUGCCCCAAGGGUGCCCCCGGCAGCCCCAAGAUGAAUGCUGCCUCCCUGACUCCCAUUCCUCUGCCCUCAACGAGGUGGGAGGACGUCACCGAGUCGCCUGCCUCGCUGACCCCUGUCUCCAAGAUGGAGGCCAGGGUCUCCCGACAGCCCAGGAGAGUAUCUCAAGAGCCCAAGAGGGUGCCGGACCAGUGCCCCACGGCCACAGUGGGGUCGUCCUUGGAGAUUCUCUUGCCCACUCUCUUGGAAAUUGAGAGUAUGAAGGACACGGCCUCCAAGGUGGAGAAGAUAAAGGAGGAAGCGGGCGUCUUUGCUCCUUCGCCCAGGUAUUUGGGGUGACAGCUAACGUGUAUUGUCAACUCUGUUAUCCACGAGGUAGAGAGGACCAUUCCUUCUUUUUUCACUUUCCUUUGUGCUCUCAGUGUAUAG